AUGGAUCGAAUCACCGAGGACCUUCCAUAUGAGAUUCAAGGAGACACCAAAGUGGAUGAAGAUUCUUACCGCAGCCACAACACACCCCAACUCCGAGCUGUACUAGGAAACGUGAACGACCUAGGGAUUGCAAAACUGUGGAAGUCACAAGAGGUCAUUAUCUCCAACCAUGUCCGCGGGAAUGACCUCGAGAUUUCCGGAGGAGCGGCCCAGGGACGGACGACGCUGUUCUAG